AUGGGUCAUCGGCUCGCUCGUCUUCUGCGUGGCUGCCCUCGCGGGGUGUGGAAGGAAGAAGGAGCAAGGCAAGGGCUUUUGCACUUGAUCAUCUACCGAAAUGUUCCCGUCGCCAUCACACGAAGCCCGGAGCAAACCUCUACCACGCAAACCUACGUCAGGGCAUUCCCAGAGGAUCCGGACGAUGACCCAGACCCAGAGUCGCCGUCCCCUCUUCCGAAAUAUGUCUUCGACCCGGAUCGUGAACCGCCGCCGGGCGAGCUGCCGGACUGGGACGUAGCUCCGCACUACGCAAGAGCGCGAUGGGCGCGCCUAGAAAAGGAGAAGGCGCAGGCGCUCGCUAAGAAGAAAGCUGAAGAAAAGAAGCAGGAGCCGAAGAAGGACGAAGAAAAGAAGGAGGUGAUUGCUGCUUGUCCGAUGUGUCAUCGUCCGUUCGAUGUUGAUCAGUCGAUGAAAGAGGAGCAGAAGAGGGACGGCGAACAAAAGGAGGGCGAGAAGAAGGGUGAGAUGAAAAAGGAGGACAAGAAGCAGCCGGUGAACAUGGUAGCUGCCAACCAGAAGAAGGAGAGCGACAAUCAGUCGAAGACGAGAUAUGUCCGGCGGAAAAAGGAGAAGAAGGAAGAGAAAGAAGAAAACGAAAACUAUGUG